AUGUCUGACCAUGAGAGCAACUCCCAGAGCUCCAACAACUCGGGCUAUAGUACACCAGUGCCAGAGCUUGACGAUCACAGACACCAGAACGCCUCGGUACAGAAGUCACUGUCCAGACGUGGUACUGCCGAUACGAUGCACAGCAACUUUCGUCGCAACCUAGGUCCAGAUCUUACUCUUGUCGACCAAGGACUCUUGCCGACAAUUGCACGAGACUUCGAAGAGGCGGUGGAGGAUGGUGAUUUGAGAGGCAUAUCCCCAUUGGGAAGAAAUGUCCGUGACAGAAGUCGCCGUGGAACAGUGACUACCCUUGAUCCGAGAUCAGUCUCUCCACCAAGCUCUGUGAAGGCUUUUGCUGAAGCUCGACGACGUGAGGAUUGCGAACUGCAGCGAACAGCAUCGCAUGACAGCCGCAAGAGCCGCCGCAGUCUUCGAAGCAGAAGAUAUACCAAUGAUAACGAUGCUACCAACAGCAUCGCUGGGACUUGCCGAACUGCCGAAGAGGAUGUAUGCUUUCCUUUGCAUCCUGAGGGAAAUAAGAACACUCUUCACAUCGACUUUGAAAUGCUUGAGGACUUCAUUGCCGACGAAGAGAACCGAGACAGAACCCCACCCCAAGGCCAACCACAAGCCCGUAUCUUUCACGACCUUACACACAAGCAUGCGGUCCCAACAAUUGUUACCUCAGACGGUGAUAUCAUGGACAUGCCAUCCAGGAUAUCCUUGGCGUCAGGCGGAAAGAGUAUGACGAGUGAAUUCAACGAGAAACAUGAGGAGCCCCAGCGCCUGGAGAACCGUUUCGAGUUUUUCUCAACUAUGGGCGAAUCUACAAUCCAUGCUGCCGAUUUUGGGGAUCUUGUGCUGCCAGGAGAAGACGUCAGAAGUCUUUUCACACUGCCACCAUCAUCAGAUGACUCAGAUGGUGUCUGGUGGUUGAACAUGAACAGCCCAACUAAAGAGGAAAUCACGGCUAUCUGCCGUGCAUUCGGUAUUCAUCCGUUGACCAUUGAAGAUAUCAAUACUCAGGAAGCACGUGAGAAGAUAGAGCUCUUCCCAUCUUAUUACUUCGCUUGUUUCCGCUCUUUCCACGUUGAGGAAGUUGACGGAGGCCAAGAGUACGAACCUUUCAACACUUAUGUUGUUGUGUUCCGUCAAGGCACUCUUAGCUUCAGUUUUGUCCCUAACCCUCACGCUGCUCAAGUUCGUCAACGAAUCACGAAGCUCAAGGAUUUCAUGUCUCUCAGCUCUGAUUGGAUAUGUUAUGCUCUCAUAGAUGAUAUUGUUGAUGGAUUUGCUCCUGUCAUCAACAGCAUUGAAAGAGAGACUGAUGUCAUUGAGGAUGAAGUCUUUAUUUCGCGAAACGAUGACAUGCAUACCUUUCUCCGUCGGAUUGGGAUGAUUCGCAAGAAUGUCAUGGGCUUAAUGAAGCUUCUCGGUGGCAAGGCAGACGUCCUGAGAGGCUUCACCAAACGCUGCAAUGCCGACUACAGGGUUACACCUAAACUGGACAUCGGCCUCUACCUCGGUGACAUUCAAGAUCACGUUGUUACUAUGAUGACCAGUCUGGCCCACUUUGAAAAGAUGCUCUCACGCUCCCACAGCAAUUACCUCGCACAGCUUUCAAUUGAGAACCUCCUUCAAGGCAACGACUCUAAUAAGGUCCUGAGUAAGAUCACUCUAUUGGCAUCCAUCCUUGUUCCCUUGAACUUGGUUUGUGGUUUGUUCGGUAUGAACGUUGCGGUUCCCUGGAAGAACAGUGAGAGCUUAGGCCCAUUCUUUGGCAUUCUGGGGUUCCUCGUGUUUUUCUCGAUCUUUGCACUUAUUCUUGCAAAGAGACUCAGGUAUAUCUAG